UCCAGCACUGCCGCUCUAUUUUGUUAUUCCUACGCAAUUUUACAGAGACUGGCCGCAUAAUUCCCUAAUUGGAAACAAAAUUGACUUAAAACCAUGACGCUGUUUGCCAUCAUUGCGCUGCUCAGCCUGCUGAACACAAUCCUGCCAGACUUUAUAAAGAACUACCUCAAAGUGUCGCGUUUGUGGGGAGCCAGGAACUCAUCGGAAAUCCGGCAGUUGCAAUCGGAGGUGGACUCUGCCCGGGAACAAGAGGAGCAGGUGCGCAAUGCUGAGCACUCCGGGGAAUAUGCCAGAACCAUCAAAAUAAUGCGCGCCGAGAGGAAAGUGGCGGAGGCGGAGGCCAAGUUGAAAUCCGCCCGUGGAGUAGAGAACCUAAUGCGAAUGGGCAUUGAUACGGCGGUGUUCUACGGUUCCAAGGUGCUUCUAUCCCUAAUUACUGUCAUUGUCAGUAUUCGGAACCGAGGAACGCCGGUAAUGAUCAUCGAUGAGGCCAUUAGUUUGGCCCCGUUUACCGGACUCCUUAGUUUCCCCACCGGCGUGGCCAAUGCGAUUUCCGUUCCCGCGUGGGCGUUUUCGUGCAACCUGACCUUCCGCCUCAUAUACGGUCUGGUAAAAAACCGCAGGGCGUGAUUUAGUUCGGAUGAAAUCCCUCCAUAUAGUUUAACUGUUAGAGAGCGCUCGACACUAUGUACUUUGUUAUGGUUUGCUAAGCUUCAUUCACGCAUUAAUAAUCUAAUGUAAAAGCCCAGUUUUUUGUAAACUAUGUAAACACAUCCAAUAAAUGUAUUUUCACAUAAGGUA